AAUAUUAGAAUAAGGGUCAUGCAUGCUACAUGCACCCACUAUUAAAUAAGCCUAGCUGCAUCUAGAUUAGUUAUGCUGAGCUGGCACCAUGCGCGGUGCGUGUGUGUAUUUCCUUUCCAAUUGUAUCUAGUAUAUAAGUGUUAGUUGUGUGAUGUAAACUCUUGAUCAAUAUGAAAUACACUUUACUUUUGCUGCAAGCUUUCUUUUCUGUUAUGGUAUCCAGAGCAAAAGCCUUCCGCUGAAAUCUUCUUCUUCAUUUUUCGAUGGCACCUCACACGCCUUCCCCAUCCAAAAAUCAAAACAACCAAUCACCUCCUUACGAGGAUCAAUCUAGUCCGUAUUUCUUACCCAGCAGUGAUAAUCCUGGAGUCCAGUUAGUCACACAGCAAUUGAACGGUUCAAACUACAUCACAUGGAGUCGCUCGAUGACGACGACGCUUAUGGCGAAGAACAAAGUUGCUUUUAUCGACGGUUCGAUUAUGCGACCUCAUUCUACCGAUCUGUUAUUUUCUCAGUGGCUUCGUUGCAACAGCAUGGUUGUAUCUUGGCUUCGCAAUUCUGUCGUACCAGAGAUCAGUUCCAGCAUCAUGUAUAUCGAUGAUGCGUCUCUUAUCUGGAGCGAUUUGAAAGAGCGGUUUUCUCAAGGUAACUUAGCUCGUAUCUGUCAACUGAAGCAACAAUUGCUCACUUUGAAGCAGGGAUCUGAUGAUGUCAGUGCUUAUUUCACCAAGUUGCGUAUUCUCUGGGAUGAAUACCGCGAUUUUCAGCCAUCACGGUGGUGCGUUUGUGAUAAUUGUAGAUGCCAGAGUUCUCGUAAAUGGAAUGAGUUUCAACUACAAGAAUGUUCUAUGCAAUUUCUUAUUGGUUUGAAUUCCUCUUAUUCUCAGAUUCGGUCUCAGAUUAUUUCUACUGCACCUCUACCUUCUUUGCAGAGAAUUUUUGCCUUAGUUUUGCAGGAAGAAAGGCAAAGAUCUAUUGAGCAACAAUCACCUGUGAUUAACUAUGAAAAUCAAGGUUCUAUGAUUAAUGCAGCGGGUACAGCGAGUACAGCUCGUGGCCGAGGAGGCAGAGGAAAAUUUCUAUGUGCUCAUUGUGGCAAAACUAGUCACACUGUGGAUAAGUGUUUUGAGAUCAUAGGCUAUCCCCCAGGCUAUGGCAGAGGAAAACCUAAAUCUCAAGGAUAUUCUAAUGAAGGAAGCAGAUCUAUUAAUCAGAUGACAGCUAAUGAGGCUGCGGUUGUUCCUCAAAAUUCCUCUGGUUUGUCAGCUGCAGAUAUGGCUCGGAUGAUAUCAUAUUUACAGACUCAGAUGCAACUGAGUCCUCCUCCUGCUACUAAUCAACAGCCGCCUGCAUCAACAAAACCAGAGAAUGUUCAAUUUGGAGAUUUUUCGGCUCCAGCUGCUGUCUCUCCUCCAUUCAGUGGGAGCUUCACAGGGUACUGUGAUUGGGAAGGGUAACCGAGUAGGCAACCUCUAUGUGCUAGAAGCUUCUUCUCCAGUUCAGCUCACUCCAUCUUCACUCUUUUCUGCCUGUCAUGCAGUGUCAGCCGAUGUGUGGCACCAUAGACUAGGGCAUUUAUCUUUAAAUAAACUUCAAAUUUUGUCUAAAGUUUUGUCUAUUCCUUCUUGUAAACAGACUCUAUGUGAGAUCUGUCUUUUAGCCAAACAAAAACGUCUGUCCUUUCCUAAAUCACAUCAUGUAUCUAAGGAAGUGUUUGAUCUUAUUCAUUGUGACAUUUGGGGACCAUAUCAAACCCCCAC